AUGAGUACCUACUUUCCUCGCAAAGACAUCCAUAAGAUAACAUGGAAGUCACCUGACCAAGAGACUCAAAACCAAGCAGACCACAUACUUGUGGAUGCCAUACACAGAAGUGCUAUCCAGAUUGUAAAAUCUCAAAGAGGUGCAGAAAUACGAUCAGACCAUUACCUUGUUGUGACAAUCAUAGAGGAGAGAAUAGAAAGCCGUAACAGCAGGAGAAAAGAAGCAGAACAGAAAAUAAAUGCAGACCUACUGAAAGAGGACCACAUUGAGGAAAGAUGUGCAUCUGAAAUUGGAAAUAUGUUUGCUUCCAUAGAAAAAGAAGACGAAGAUAAUAUUGAAAAGUUUUGGCCGAAAAUAAAGACCUGUUUAAAAGAUGCUGCAAGCGAGGUGCUCAAACCAAUGGAGAAAAGGAGGAAGAGCAGAGGAUGGUUUAAUGAUAGGUGUAGAGAUGCGGGCACCAAGAGAAAAGCAGCGAAAUUAUUAUGGCUGACAAAUGAACAGGAUGAAAGAACAAGGUUGGGAUACAUGGAAGCAGCUAGAGAAGCAAGACAAGUCCUCCGAACAGAAAAGCGAGAGUUCAUAAACAGUAAAAUAAAACUGGCAGAAGAAGACCAGACAGUAGGAAGUACAAGAGACUUCUACAGGACAGUCUGGUUCUUCAAGAAAGAAUACAAUACAAGGAGUGACGUGAUCAGAGGUCAAGAAGGACAGAUAAUCACGGAUGAAAUGAAAGCUAUGGAGGAAUGGAAAAACCUCUUAGAAAACCUCUUGAAUGUGUAUGUAAACACCAUGAGUGCUACAACAGAAAAUGAAGAAGGAGAAUCAUAUAAGGAAAACAGAGAUACUGUACCAUUGGGGGAGUAUGAACCACCAAGCGUGGAAGAGGAUUAUCCUUCAAAGUUCUCUAACAUUUGCAAGCAUCACUUAAGUCAGCCUGAAGUAGAUCCCAGCUCUCCGACAUUAAGCAACACAUUUUUUGCGACAGAGAAAGUUGAUGUUAAUCACCAAUGA